AUGGAUUCCCCGAAUGUGUUCAGUUUCACCUCAGCUGGGGCCGAGCCUCACUUCCUAACUGGGUACACCAUCGUCGGGAUGAUGUUUCCCCCAAGACCAACAACCCCUGACAACAUCGAGUCCAUGGACUCGGCCAUGACAUCUCCUCCAGAGUCUGCUGGCAACAUGGUGUCCUCUGAUAAUAUGGUCUCAUCUGACGACAUUGAGUCUGUCUCGCCAACCGAGGUCCCAGACAACUCAGUCUUGGUCGCCGUCCCUAUCAACGCUUGGGAGUUCAAUGCUAUGCGCCUCGCAAAUGAUCCCACUUUCCUUGCACGCCAGUGGUUUUCCGACAUUGAAGUGGGCCCUUCGCAGCUUUUCUGGCGCGACAUGUUCCAACUCGUUGCCCAUCAUCAUCGCCACGGUCCCAUGGUUGUUUGCGAGACUGCAAAGCAGUAUGCCGCCUUCGAGCUGGGUAGAUGCGAGGCCUCCAUGUCUUUCACCUGGGAAUUGCCCGUUGGUUACCAGUUUUCCUAG